AUGGAUCCUUUCAACAAGCUACCGGCCGAGCUCCGUGUGAAGGUGGGGGGCCUCCACUAUCUCAGACGAAGCUUUGAAUCUCGUCGUGAAGUGAAAGCAUCUGAAGCAGAAGGGAAUGCAGUGGAAGAGGGUGAAGUGAAGAAGAAUUCUGAGGAUGGCCCAGGUAUGUACCAGAUGCUUCACUCCCGGAUUAUUCCAAAUUAUGAUACGCUCACUACAAUGUACGAACAAAGGGCAUGGGUAUUUUUGGAUGAUACUGGAUUCUAUCCCUCGCCUUCGCCAAAUGCAAAACCACAUUUCCCAACCGGGGACCAGGCUUUGGACGAAUGCUUCGAAACUAUACAAAAGGACGAGGAUUACUGGGACCAUCCAUGGCAGGCCAGAGCUCGGCGCCGAUCACAAAAGUGGCACAACGAGAUGUCGCCAAGAAAGACAAAGCCUGAAGACUAUCAAGACUCAGAGCUGGAAGAAAACUGCCAAAUUUCACUGCCUGACAUAGUAGAUGGAAUGUAUUGGGAUAAUCUACGUCCGUUCUGGCAAUGA